CAGAUCGUUGCUGUUGUUUUUGGAGUAUGCUGCUUGCAUGGAUGAUGCUUUGUUGAAACCAGUUAAGGUAAAAUGCUCCGUAAAAAUUGGUUCUCCAUGGGUGUGGGAUGAUGAGUGGCAGGAUUAUGUAGAGAAGACGCCUGACGUCACUGCUGUUGGCAGCCUUGUGGAAGUGAAAGAUCCAAGAGCAUUGAGAGCUAGGGAAUUCCGAGCAGACAUGGUCCAUGGCCCGGAUUCUACCAACGAGGAUAUCACAAUGUGUGACCUGGCUCCUGCUCUGGAGGCAGUCUUGAAUGGAACAGACUCCCUUCUCCUUGUUGCCGGAGUUGAGAAUGGUGGGCAGGCAGAGCUGAUGGAUGGAGGAGAAGGUCUAGCAGCUGCGGCUGUGUGGCAGCUUGCUCAUGAACUUCAUGAAAGACAGGCCAAUCAUCGCACCAACGGUGCUGUGGGGUACACCUAUCACAUGAGGCUUCAAUCAUUUCAGCUUGCGGGCGAUACUAUUCUAGAUCUCCUCACCGAUUCACUUGAAGCAGCUCGACUCGUGGAGCUUCCAGUGGGAGUCGUUGCUGAAGGUGUUCGCACAGCUAGCGCAACGUCUGCAGAUGAGUUUAUGAAAUAUGUGGAGGGGGCUCAGAGGCGGCGAGACCCUUCAACUCGCCAGCACAGCAGCACUUUCUACAUCAUAGAUGUCACACAGGCAGACUACCACGAGGGAUGGGGCCUUCAUGGACAAUUUAUGCUGGUAGAAUCUGCGGUUAUGGACUGCUUGGCAGAGGAUAAAGGACUUGUACAGCUUCGCGAAGGGUAUGACCGCUACCGCGGAGUGUACCAUAUGCGAAGUUUGGUGAAGUCAUGGAAAAAGUUAUCGGAGACUGAAGUCGGAGUGAACGGCUCUUCGUUGACAUGGCUCCUCCGGGAACUCUUUACUGGUGGCAGUGUCGAAGCACAUGUGCUUUUCUAUUUGGGGCAAGGAACGCCUGCAGUGAGCAUUGCAUUGAUGGAGUUGAUGGAGGACUUCAACAAGGUUCAAACCAACCCGGUUACUCAUGACCAUCGUGUAACUGGGUGGGCGCGUGCAAUGCGGGCGGAGCGGUUGUCCUUGAAGCAGGCAGAGAGAAGUGGUGUGGACAAAGAUACCCGCAGUCUUAUUCAUGAGCUGGAAAAGCGCCUGGCAACUGCGGAAAGGGUGAAGGAAGAAGCCCAAAGAGUUGCAGACGCUCGGCAAGAGAGAGCCCACGCCUUUCAAGACAGGUAUGUCACCGCUCUGGAAAAUCAGGAGUCAAUGAACGAAAAGCUGAUUGAAGCAGAAGAAGAACAGCUCAAAGCUAUGCAAUCUCUCGUUGAAGCACAAAUGGAGGCUUCUGAAGUCAGGGAUGAAUGCAGUGAGAUGCAAUACAUGGAUAAUGUGCUUUUGAUGAUGCUCGAGCAAGAAGUGGCCGACUUAAAGGAAGCUGCCGAGGAACAAAUGGGCGUUCAGGCCAAGAGCUUGGAAGAAGUGGAAACCUCCGUGGAGGACCUGCGCGCUCGCAACGACGCGCUCUCAGAGGCCAAGCUCCAAGUCGAGAGCCAAAAGAACAUUGAGCGAGGUGAUCUGGAAAAUCGCAUUCGUGAACUGCAGCUACAGCUUCGGGAGGGUCAUUUGGCAGAGAGCGUUCAACAUGUUGAGGAGAAACGCAAAAUAGAAGAGAGCAAGAAAGAAGAGGUGGAAAGACUGAGGCAAGUGAUGGAAGACGAGCGAAGUCGUGCUCGUCAAGUCAUUGAUGAUGGAGAACUCGCUGUGCGGCGUCAAAUCCAGAAAGAGAAGGAGGAGAUUCAGAAUGAGUUGAUGGAGGAGCGACAACGUAUGGAGGCCACCAAAGAGCAGCACCAAAGGGAAGCUGAAGCAGCUCUUGAAGAAGCGAAAAGGAAUGCUGAAGAAGAAGCACAAGAGGUGCAGCGAUUGCGCCGAGAAGAUCAGGAGCUACGGGAAGGGCUGACGGAUGAGCAGCAAGCAGAGCGCCGAGCACGACAGCAGCACCAAGCAGCGAUGGAGGAUUUACAAAGUGCUCGUCGAGAUUUUCAUAAGCAACUCUUGCAGAUAGCCGAGAGUCCGCCAGACGGUCCUGAUGCACCAGCUCGAAAUGCUGCUGUGGACAAGCUGCGAGGACAACUUACAGCUGCUGGUCAAAGAGAGCUGGAGUUUCAAGGUCAACUGGAUGCGGCACAAGACAAAGUUGUAGACCUGCAAAGGAACCUUCGGCGAGUUUGUCGGGCCGCGUUAGAUUGGGCACCUGUAAACGCUGAUGACCAACGUGCGCGGAUUGAAAUGGCCUUGGAAUCUGCUGGAGGAGAUGAUUUGUCACAAAAGCCGCUUGUGAUUGGACUUAGUCGUGCACAAGAGCUGCAGAAGGAGCUCAAUUCUCUUCAAGAUCAGUUAGUUCGUCAACGUCAGGAAGUCACUCUCCUGCGAGGACAACAUGAGAGCGAGAUCCAAAGACGUGAAGAGGAGAAGGUUAACUUGCAGGUUGCCUUGGGGCAGGCGGAGGCAGCUCUACACCAGAGCCAAGCUACUCUUCAAGAUGCCCGGGCGAAAGCGGUGGCAGCCGAAGAUGCGCUAGCCAGUGCAGAAACAAAAGCAUCAAGCGCAAGUGGAGAACGAGGGCGUUUGUCCCAGAUUCAGGAUCGUCUGCUUGAGGAGGUCCAGUCCUUGCGCAAUGCGCCUCAGUUUGCAGCACAUGUGCCUGCCAAUGCAGAUCUACAAGAACAGAACCGGUCUUUGCAGGCCCGUGUGGCCUUUCUUGAGCAGCAGAGCCCUCCAGACAAGCGGGCACAGGCUCAACGCCUGGCCUUUCUUGAAAAGAGUGUCCGCAGCCUGGAAGCAGAGAGGUCAGAGCUGCUUGUUCGGGCAACAGUGGCUGAAGAGCAGCUCAAGCAGCUGCAAAAGCAUUUGAAGGAGAUGAUGGAAGAUUACCAGAUGCAGAUAAUGAACUUGAAGCUGAAAGUGAAAGGAUAACAUGAAGCUAGCAGCAGACAACAAUUCCUGACGCCUAUGUCCGAAUGAAAGAGAUACUUCGCUUUGC